AUGGCGAAUCUUGAAGUACAACAUGUAUUGGAAUGGGCCCCUCCCGGACAAACAGUUGAAGAUUGCUUGAUGAAGGGUAAAAGUCGACUAGAAUGUCACAAUUAUAUACGUGUAAUGAUUCGACAGAUAAAUGGCCGUUGCCUUAUAUGCGGUACCCAUGCUUUCUCACCAAAGUGUCGUGAAUAUAUUUUUUUAAAUGAUGAUCGCUUGCUUCAUCAUCGCCGAGAGUUCGAUGGACAGGCAAUUUCGCCGUACGAUCCUCGCGAUAAUUCCACUGCCGUUUAUGUUGGAGAAACUGAUGAAAUCUAUACGGGUACCGUGUCAGAUUUCGCUAGCAAUGAUCCAUUAAUUUAUAGAAAGCGCCUUUCUGAUGACGAUGGUCUGCGAACGCAACGAGAUGAUCUCAAAGUGCUUGACUCUCCAAAUUUUGUGGCGUCAUUUGCCUAUGGCGAUCACGUAUAUUUCUGGUACAGAGAAUGGGCCGCUGAAUCAAGUGACACUGAUAGACAGGUCUAUGCACGAGUUGCUCGAGUUUGCAAAAAAGACCGUGGUGGUGCUAGACCUGCACAUGAGAGAUGGACUUCCUUUGUUAAGGCUCGCCUGAAUUGCUCAUUACCAUCAAAUACUCCAUUCUAUUUUAACGAGCUACAAGCUAUAACAGGACCAGUUCCAUAUAAUGAUGGUACAACGGUUGUAUAUGGAGUUUUUACUACACCGGAAAGUGGCAUCAAGAUGUCGGCUGUUUGCCUUUUUCGAAUGGAAGCUAUUAAGCGAAUUUUUGAUUACGGACACUUUAAGAUACAAAAAACACCGCAGAGUAUUUGGAUGCCGUACAGACCACGAGAUGUUGCCAUGCCUGUUCCUCGACCUGGAUCGUGUACAACAGACUCUUCAAAACUCUCCGAAACUAUUGUCACUUUCAUCACAAAAAAUCCUUUGAUGCAUGAAACGGUAAUAGCUGUUGGGCAUAAACCCUUACUUGUACAGGGACCAGAUCGCGCUGAAUUCACUCAAAUCUCUGUUGUACCUCAGGUCUCAUCAGUUCGUGGCUUUAAGCACAAUGCGCUUUAUCUUGGCACAUCUGAUGGGCGAAUACUCAAAUUCUAUGAUCCAGGAGAUGGUAAAACGGCUUUAGUGGAAACUGUUCGUAUUUUUGCCCGAAAUGUACCCAUCGUAAAUCUAUUAGCAACAACAAAUCAAAUAAUUGUUGUCACAAGCGAUGAAGUUGCGGCUAUUUCACUUUAUCACUGUGAUGAGCAAAAGACUUGCAGCGGAUGUGUACAUUUGCAAGAUGCACAUUGCGCAUGGGAUUUAGAUUCAGCACACUGUGUUGGUAGAUCUGAUGGCAAAUGGACAAGUGGCAAUUUCGUGCAAAAUGUGAACCUUGGGCGAUCUGAACAAUGCCCCGAAGGUGCUAUCGAUCCCGACUAUUACGCAAUUGAUGAAUUGCAAUCCGAUCGCGUCAGCCAGUGGGACUAUCAACAAAGUUCAGUGAGCGUACAAGCCUUACUUAUUGGUGUCAUCAUUGCAGUGACUAUCGCUUCUGCUGGAGGUUUCUUUGUAGGAUAUCGAAUAUCUGGAUGGCGUUCGCUCCAUGAUCCUCGGCAUUCAUCUGGUUCUUCCUCUGGAAGUGAUUAUGAUUCGUAUGCAAAAGCGCGUUUAACCAGGCACGAUUCGUUAUUGGCAAAUAAAAUGGAGCACAUCUAUGGAAUGGCACCAACAAAAGAUACCGUCUCACUAGUGCUGUCAAUGCCACAGAAUGGCACUACAGCUAUGAAUUCAAUUAGCAAUGGUGGCUCGGGUAAUAUUACUCCAAAGAUAUGCCCAGAAAGAACAGUUUUUGCAUCUUUAAGCCAUACAACUUUGCCAAGAGAUUAUAAAGUUAAGAAAGUUUAUUUAUAG